GCUGCCUUUGGCUUUCAGGUGGCCAUCAAAAGGAUGCCACGGAACCGCAUCCGGCACUGGGGCGAGCUGCCCGACGGCACCAGCGCACCCCUGGAGAUUGUGCUGCUGGACAAGGUGUCCACUGGCUUCCCUGGUGUGGUCCAGCUGCUGGAGUGGCUUGAGCUCCCCAACAACAUCGUGAUGGUGCUGGAGCAGCCGGAGCGGUCUCAGGACCUCCUGCAUUUCAUUCGGGCACGGAGGUUCCUGUCUGAAGAGGUGGCACGGCAGCUGUUCCGCCAGGUGCUGGAGGCCGUGCGGCACUGCACCAGCCGUGGGGUCCUGCACCGUGACAUCAAACCAGAGAACAUUCUGGUUGACUUUGCCCCUGGCCAGGCAAAAUUGAUCAACUUUGGCUGUGGCACCUACCUGCAAGACACAGCCUACACUCACUUUGCAGGAACACUGUCAUACAGCCCCCCGGAAUGGACCCACUUGGGCUGGUACCAUGGCGAGGCAGCAACGAUCUGGUCCCUGGGCAUCCUGCUGCACCAGAUGGUCUGCGGGCAGCACCCUUUUAGGAGGGGCCGGAAGAUCAGCUGGGACCAUCAGCUCUCGCUGCCACAGCGGCUCUCUCCAGAGUGCCAAGAUCUUAUCAGGUGGUGUUUAUCCAUACACUUCUUGGACAGACCUUCAUUAGAAGACCUGUUCUGUGAUCCUCGGAUACAGGAUAUUCACCUGCCAUAGAAAAAGGGAGAGAGCCACAUGCACAUUUUGCUCCAGGGCCCUGGGAAGGAGAAGGAGUCCUUGGAGAAGCUGUACCAGGUGGGGCUGCUGCUGCUGCUGGAGACAGCAACGACAACAUCAAGGAUGACAAC